ACGGAGAUGACCGCGUUCUCUUCCCGGCGCGCGCAGUCUCAAUUUCUGGAAUCUCCCAGUAACUUCGAACUGCAGCAUCGUUAUUUGUUCUUCGGUUCUUCCUCCUCUCUGAAACUCGUAAACGACGAUGGCUAGCGACAAGUCGGUGAUGGCCGUGAUUAGGGCGGCGAGGCCAACAUUUCGCAAUAAGUUCGAUAAAAUCGCUUUUGCCGUUCACGCUUCCUUCCUUGCAUCUGGUUAUGUCCUCACUGCCACGGGUCCUCAGGCCGUUUCUGACUCCGCCCUUUCCAAUCCCUCUACUGAUGAGGUGUCUGUUGAUCACUGGAACGAGCUGGACGAUGAGUACGCAUUUGUUUACAUGAACCCUGAGAAGGGUUCGAAGAAAGUUUUGGUCAAGUGCCUUGUGAUGAAUGAUAAAUUACUUGUUGAUGCUUUGUCUGAAGAAUCUUCUGAGCCCGCACAUCUUGAGAUUGUUGUUGGGGACCAUGCUGGAGAGAAUGGAAACGGCAAUUAUUCGGAUCAAUUCAAAAACUUGGAUAAGCUAGUGAAGAGUCUGGACAAGGAAGUGUUCUCCAAACUGGAGGACUCCUCUAAACCUAGCCCAUCAAGUAAUCCUGGAAGAUCUUCUCACAGCUCAGAAACUGGUGAUAGAUCAAGGCCAGAAGUACAUCAGCCUGACACUGGAUUUCGUGAACCAGCUGGUCCUCGAAUUCAUCCUUCAGGAGUUAUAUAUCCCCCCAUAAAUUCCGGUGGUGUCAGUGAUCUGUACCCUGGGCCUGGUGCUGGAGUUUACCCCAUGAGGGGCAAUCCUGGCACUGGUGGGAGUAUGCUUGUAGGGCCUAACGACCCGCGUUGGUUUGGAGAUAUUGGUGGAGAACCUGGUUUUCCAGGGGGACAACCGGGUGUUCCUCCGGGUGCUCGAUUUGAUCCAUAUGGUCCCCCUGGCGUUCCUGGUUUUGAACCCAACAGGUUUGCAAGGAAUCCUCGGAGGCCUGGGCAGGACACUCAUCCAGACCUGCAACAUUUUCGGAGAGAUUCGGAUUUCAUUUAAUGCUGUGUCGGACGCUAAUAUCUUUGCUCUGAAAGUACCUCCCCCCCCCCCUUCCUCCUCCCCUUCUUUUUUGAUUAGUUAUUGACUUAUUGUAAUUAGCUAAGUGAUUGGUUUUGUUGCCAGAAGUUUGUGGUCUUCACUUCAGUUUUCACCAUUUUCUGUACCCACAAGCACCAUACCAAAUUAAUUAUAAAUAAAUGCAAUAGUAUUUUAAUGUAAAUUUUACGUAUAUGUACCGAUCAA